AUGUCUCUGCAGUGGGCGACUCGCGCGGGUCCCCUGCGACACCUGCGCCUCAGCGCGGUCUUCUCUCGCCCAACUCGCGUGAUCGCCGUGCAGAACCAGCUCCGCCGUGUAUGUUUGGCGGCCAAGCCCCGGUUGGUGACCCCGCGGACCGGCUCUUUGUCUGCCCUCAUCUCGCUACAAUCUCGCUCCUUGGCAACCGCAACCGCAACCGAAACCGAAACCGAGACCCCAAAGGCUAAGCGUGGGCGCAAGCCCGGCUCUACCACCAAGGCGAAGUCUCCAAAGAAGAAGGCCGUCAAGGCCAAGAAGCCGAAAGUGAAGAAGCGGUUGACCGAGAAGCAAAAGGUCGUGAAGGCGGCUCGCGAGCGCCGGGAACAAAUCAAGGAACUCAAGGGGAUUGCGCUUGUCCCGCCCAAGAAGCUCACAGCGAGCGCCUGGCCCCUCGCGGUUAGAGAACAGGUUGCUGAGCUCAAGUCAGGAUCUGGCACGUCCGUUGAGAAAUUCUCAGAGGCUAUCUCUAAAGCUAAGAGCCUCACUCCCGACGAGUACCAGAAACUCGAAGCCCAAGCAAGCGAGAACCGGGCCAUCAACAAGGCCAACUACGAAGCCUGGGUUAACUCAUACUCCCCGAAUCAGAUCAAAGACGCCAAUAGUGCCCGUCGCUUCCUGACUCGUCUCCUAAAGAAGCGCAUUCCCCCAAUUGAAGAUGACCGGCAGGUGAAGCGACCCAGGAGUGCUUACUUUUUCUACAUGUUGGAGCGCCGUGAUAGCAGUGACCUCAAACCCAAGGGCGGACCCGAAUUCACCCGUAUCGUCGGUGAGGAGUGGUCGAAGCUGACCGAUUAUGAGAAGGAGUCAUACCAGAAGAAGCAGGUCGAAGACCGCCUGCGAUACGAGCGGGAGCACAAGGAAGUGUACGGCGGGCCUGCCCCUGCGCCCACUCACAAGGAAGAGGCGGAUGAGGAAUAA